UUGGUAUUCAACUUGUUUAUUGAUAUCUAACAAUCCAAGCAAUUUGAUGGACAACACAAUUGUUGCUAAGGACCAGCUUCAUCACUUCAGUCACGAUCAUUCGCUCAGCCUUGUGCAUCUGCAGCCGACUCACAAAAAUGAGAAUGCUGAUGAUGAAGAUGAAGGUGAAGAGAAAGAUGAUUUUGUGGAGGAAGUUCGUCAUGGCCGCGAAUGCGGCAUGUGUAAGGAACAAAUCGGGUCAUUUCAUCUAUGUUACUAUUAUUGCAAGGCUUGUGACUACUCAUUGCACAAAUUUUGUGCUGAAUUACCCAGGACCCUACAAAAUAACCCAUUAUAUCCCUAUCACAAUCUUGAACGUACUCUUGACAAAUAUAGAUUUGAGUGUUUUUUCUGUAAUCUUUUGUGGAAGGAUGCAUAUUUUUAUUAUUGCGGUUUCCGUUAUUACAAGAUGUGUUUUAUUUGUGCAACCACGUUAGAGCAGAAGAUAAACCACGCUAGUCACCCUCAUCAGCUGGAGCGAAUGUUUGAGCGCAUAGUAUCUCGUUGUGGAGCAUGUGGUAAUAAACAUGAUGGGUUCUUCUUUCAGUGUACCACCUGUCUGGUGUUUCGGAUUAACCUGGACUGCGCUUUGCUACCUGCCAAGUUACUGAUACAAAUUAGUACUAAUGGCACAUUCAGUCAUUCACACCCACUAACCCUUGCCUAUUACUUUCCAGAAUCUGAAUAUUAUGCUAAGUUCCGUCCCAAAUGUAGAGUUUGUAACGGCAUGUUCCUUUUUCAUUUAUGGAAUUAUAAAUGCGGUAAAUGUCUAUAUUACGUGCAUGUUGAUUGUGCAACUUCAAAGACACCUGCAAGCCUGAGGAAAACUUAUAAAAAUUAUAAAGAAGAAGAACAUCGGAAUCUGCUAAACUGUCCAUUCCAGGAUGAAGGUGACAACCUUUUGAAGCAUCAUAUGUCUAACCAACAUGAAGGUGAUAUUUUUAACCAUUCUAGUCAUCAACACCCACUCAUCCUUUUCGACAAGCAAACAUCAGUUGGUAAAAAACCAGUUUCUCUACACGACCCCAUGAAAAGAGUUCAACUAUUAUGUGAUGGAUGUGUGAAACCAAUCAUGACAGUACCGUUUUACGUGUGUUGUCAUUAUGUUGAUGAACAAUGUUGUCUUGUUCUUCAUGAAUGGUGCGCCAAGCUACCCUCCCAAAUACAAGACUAUUUUGGCCAUCCUGAGCAUCCUCUUGUUCUCCUAACAAAAAUCCCUGGUAAGUUCUUUGGUGUGUUCGAAUGUGAAGUUUGCAAGUUAGAUUCAAAUGGUUUCGCGUAUGGAUGCACAACAUGCAGAUAUUAUGUUGAUAUCAAUUGUGCGUUCAUUCCGGAAGAAAUCACACAUGAUUCUCAUCCUGAUCAUCUCAUAUUGAGAGUAAAAUCGUCAAGUAUGGAAUGGUGCAACGCAUGUAGGAGAGGGGUGUAUAAAAAUUGGAUAUUUCGGUGUCCCUCUUGUGAUAUCUAUAUCGAUGUGCAGUGUGCUUUGUUAUUGCCUAGAGUGAUUAAGCACAAGUUGGAUAAACAUACUUUGAGCCUAAGAUACGAACCUGCAGAGAACCAUAUUGAGGAGUACUUUUGUGAAAUAUGUGAGGAUGAAUUUGACCCUUGGAGGUGGUUCUAUCAUUGCACCACAUGUGCCCAGUCUAUGCAUACUAGAUGUGUGCCAUUUAUACUUCAAUGUGAGCAAGCUACAAAUGGAUAUGGAGGCGUCUAUAAGUUUCUCAACGUUAAAUUUGGAGGAACGCUUGAGAUCAAAGAUCACCCACACCAUUUGAGCUUUGUUCAAGGCGUUGUGAGCGAUGGCAACUGCAGUAACUGUCUUAGAAGAUUGAAGUAUGAAAUGAUCUUCAAGUGCAUGGAGUGUGAGUUUGCAUUACAUUAUAAAUGUGCUUCUUCGUUGGUGUAACCAUUUUAUGUGAUUCCCCUGAAUUCUUUUGACUAGUUUGGUUUCCAUCUUUUACAAUUUGUUGUCAACACACAUAUGAAGAUGGAAUAAAAAUUUAAAGAAGUGUUUUAACAAUCAGAGAUGUAAUCGAACAGAAAAUUUCUAAUGAUUUUUAGGUAUCUUGAUUUUAUAAA